AUGGACGUGCUUCUCCGACGGUCAGCAUCUGGAUAUCUCUGUCGACGCUGCUCUCGGCAUGUUGGCAAGUCGCUCAGGCGCUCCUACGCGAGCACUGCUGCGCAGCCCGACAUCUAUGAUGUCGUCUGUGUGGGGGGUGGCCCUGCAGGCCUGAGUCUGCUCACUGCUCUGCGCGCGAACCCCGUUACAUCCGGCCUCCGAGUCGCUCUCGUCGAGGCACAGGACCUCUCAAAAACCCGCCAGUGGAAACUCCCUCCGGAUCGCUUCUCGAAUCGAUGCAGCUCCCUCACACCGGCGUCUGCCGACUUCUUCGAAGACAUUGGGGCAUGGAAGCACUUCAACAGGGAAAGGAUACAGCCAUACCACGAGAUGCAGGUCUGGGACGGCGUCUCGGAUGCGCGCAUCGAGUUCGACUGGGGCGGCGGCCCGGGUCAGACCAUCGCCUACAUGAUCGAGAACCUCAACAUAACAUCCGGGCUCCUCAGCCGCCUUGAUGAUCUAGGUGGGGUAUCUGUUUUCGAAAACACGAAGGUAGAGGACAUCACAUUCGGCGAGGAGAAGGACGGGCUGAACUUGUCAGAGUGGCCAGUCAUCCAGUUGGCCGACGGCAAGCGGCUCUGGGCGAGGCUGCUGGUCGGCGCAGAUGGUGCCAAUAGCCCCGUCCGAUCAUUCGCCGGGAUUGAGGCACGAGGCUGGGAUUAUGGACGACACGGUGUUGUUGCGACGCUGGAGCUCGAGGGUGAGGGUUGGGGUGGAGUGGACACCAAGGUUGCAUACCAACGGUUCCUGCCCACAGGGCCUGUUGCUAUGUUGCCCAUGCCCGGGAACUAUUCAACACUGGUGUGGUCAACGACGCCAGAGCGAGCUUCGAGGCUGAAGAGCCUGUCUGCGACUGACUUUGUUGCCACGGUCAACGCCGCGUUUCGCUUGAGCCCUGUGGAUCUGGACUACCUUCAUAGUCAAGGCUCUGGCCAAGUGGAGGAGGUCUCAUGGCGUUUGCAACACACCUCUGUUCAACCAAAGGCCAUCCCUCAGUCUGUCGUCGGAGUCCAAGAAGGCACAGUAGCAUCAUUCCCGCUCAAACUGCGCCACGCCGAUACAUACAUCGGCGAGCGGGUUGCGCUCGUUGGUGAUGCAGCCCACACCAUCCACCCACUGGCCGGUCAGGGUCUCAAUCAAGGUCAGGGAGACAUCCAGAGCCUUGCCAAGACUAUCCAAUACGCUGUCAGCCACGGUCAAGAUAUAGGCACACAGCUGUCCCUGGAAUCGUACAAUGCGGACAGGUACGCCGCCAAUCAUGUGAUCUUAGGUGUCUGCGACAAGCUCCAUAAGCUGUACUCAGUCGGAAGUGGACCGCUGGUGCCUCUCCGGUCCUUUGGCCUCAGCGCUAUUAACGCCAUGAGGCCUGUGAAGGACUUCUUCAUGAACCAGGCUGCCGGUCACGGUUUGAAGCUAUAG